AUGACCGCCGGCAUGAUCUUUAGGACGCAGAGCUUGGAGUUCGUACCCUCGACAUUGUCACACGCGACCGGAUGGGGUGAAAAUCUUACAUUAAGAUUUUCUGGUGCCACAAGCUACGGUGCCCUUAGCAAAGCAUUAUCGCAGAGCACCGACAUUGAGAAUUCUCUACUUACAACAUUACCACCACAAAACCAACAGCCAACUUCUACAAUGCCCGAAAAGCUGCAGAAGAAACAGAAGUCGUCCUCCUCCAAGGAUUCGUCAAAGAAGCACUCCUCAAAGGACGGCGGCAGCUCCCACAAGGGAAAGAGUAGCUCCUCACACGGUAGCUCUUCGCAUGGUAGUUCCUCGCACGGUGGCUCUUCAGGCGGCAGUAACAGGAUGAGCGACAAGGACUACCUCGACAGGGCAAACCAGAACUUUGCCAAAUACUAA